UAAUUUAAUGGAUAUUUUCGUCCUGAACAACACGAAAGGGUAGUAAUUUGCCCACGGUGUAUUGUUGAGUUUUUACAAAAUGUAAAAGCAAUUUCCCAAAAUAUGUGUCAAUAUAAGAUUUGUCACCAAAAGUCAUUUGCUGAAACACAGAGAAAGUUUUGUCCAAAUUAAGACUCAAAAAACCCAAUAGUGGAUGAAAUCAUCCCCAACAAUACAAAAGGGUUACUUUUUAUUGAUAGAAUGGACCCCCUGCGAAUACGCCAUGGACCAUUAGGGGUCAGCGUAGCCCUGAUCGAGAAACAUGUCUAGAGAAUGAAACAUGUUGUGAAUGUAGUAAAUGAAAUGAAAUGAAAGUAAAUUUUGGAUUUUUUCAAGUGAAAGUGAAAGGUGAUUUGUUGAAUUGGUGUGAUAGUAGGGUAAGCAAGGACACACUUUCACAUUUACAUAUAGAGUUGCAUGUACAAUAUCUUACUAUAUCUUACUUUGUGACAACUUUAAGUCCUUUCUUCAUUCUUCAGCCCAGACAGGAGAUUUUGUGAAGGACUGAAAAGCACAAUUUUAUUAAAUCAUCAUUUACACGUUAUUACGUGUGAUUUCAACCCAAAUAAUAAGACUGAAAAGGAAAAACUAUGGGAGCUACAUGCACUAAGUGUUUGUGUUGCUGUAAAGACACAUCAAAGAUAAGAGUAAAAGAAGAUAGAGAAUCACAAAUUCAACUGCUGCCAAAAGACAAAGACAAUGAAAACAUACAGAAUCAGCUAACUGGGGAAAAACCAGAGUUGGAGAAUCUGAAGCAACUUAUGAGAGAAAAAGAGAUCACAGCCCAGAACACAGUCCAAGAGCUGGAAACCAGUAAACAUCAACUGGAGACACUGACCGAACAGAUGAGGAAUAGAGAAAUGGAUUCACAAAAUCAACUGCUGCAAAAAAACAAAGACAUUGACAACAUACAGAAUCAGCUAAAGGAGAAAAACACAGAGUUUGAGAAUCUGCAGAAACUGAUGAGAGAGAAAGAGUUCACAGUCCAGAACACAGUCCAAGAGCUGGAAACCAGUAAACAUCAACUGAAGACACUGACCGAACAGAUGAGGAAUAGAGAAAAAGAAUCACAAAAUCAACUGCUGCAAAAAAACAAAGACAUUGACAACAUACAGAAUCAGCUAAAGGAGAAAAACACAGAGUUUGAGAAUCUGAAGAAACUGACGAGAGAGAAAGAGAUCACAGUCGAGAACACAGUCCAAGAGCUGGAAACCAGUAAACAUCAACUGGAGACACUGACCGAACAGAUGAGGAAUAGAGAAAGUAAAGAAAUACAAAUGAAACAAUUAGAACAACACGUGCUGCAAAAAAACAAAGACAUUGAGGAAAAAGAGAAUCAGCUAAAGGAGAAAAACACAGAGUUGGAGAAUCUGAGGCAACUGAUGAGAGAGAAAGAGAUCACAGCCCAGAACAAAGUCCAAGAGCUGGAACAUCAACUGAAGACACUGACUGAACAGAUGAAGAAUAGAGAAAAAGAAUCACAAAUUCAACUGCUGCAAAAAAACAAAGACAUUGACAACAUACAGAAUCAGCUAAAGGAGAAAAACACAGAGAUGGAGAAUCUGAAGAAACUUAUGAGAGAGAACGAGAUCAAAGUCCAAGAGCAGGAAACCAGUAAACAUCAAUUGGAGACACUGACCGAACAGAUGAGGAAUAGAGAAAAAGAAUCACAAAUUCAACUGCUGCAAAAAAACAAAGACAAUGAAAACAUACAGAAUCAGCUAAAGGAGAAAAACACAGAGUUGGAGAAUCUGAAGAAACUGAUGAGAGAGAAAGAGAUCACAGUCCAGAACAAAUUCCAAGAACUGGAACAUCGACUGGAGACGCUGACCGAACAGAUGAGGAAUAGAGAAAAAGAAUCACAAAAUCAACUGCUGCAAAAAAACAAUGACAUUGACAACAUACAGAAUCAGCUAAAGGAGAAAAACACAGAGAUGGAGAAUCUGAAGAAACUGAUGAGUGAGAAAGAGAUCACAGUCCAGAACACAGUCCAAGAGCCGGAAACCAGUAAACAUCAACUGGAGAGACUGACCGAACAGAUGAGGAAUAGAGAAAAACACCAGAGGACCAAAGACAUUGAAGAGAAUCAGCUAGAGGAGAAAGACACAGACUGGGAAAUGCUGAGCAAGACAGAGAUCCCAGUCCAAGAGCUGGAAACCAGUAAACAUCAACUGCAUACACUGAUGAAGACCAGACAGAUGAGAGAUAUAGGGGAAGUCAAACUGUACUCAUUUUUGGCUGGAAAAACAAAUAACUCUCACCAGAAAUUUAUUGACACUCUGAAAAACCAAAUUCAGGAUCUGAAGGAAGUUCCUGUCAUGGAUGAAAGUGACAUUUUUAUGGUUUUCUGUCCUAUUGUUUCUCGAGCUGGAACUGAUAUUGAAGCAGCACUGAAAAGAUUUAAAGACUCUACAGCACGUAAGCUGAAUGUUCUAGUGGUGCUACAUCACACGUUUGACCCAGAGAAAACUGUACCAGACAGCAGCAGAUGUGUUAAGAGGACGGAUAUACUGAUAGUGGACUGUCUGUUUUAUGAGGAUACAGGAUUACUGGAGUGUCAGAAGAAUCAGGAUGCUAUCGACAAAGUUGUGAAAGGGAUCAACAAUGCAUGGGGGAAAAAGGAGGAAUUUGCUUCAAGGACCGAUCUAUCACUACAAGAAAAAGAUGAACAUCAUGAGAAACGUCAUCAAGAACCUGGCAUGGCAUUAGGAGAGAAGAGACCUCUUGAGAGAAAAAACUCAGAACAUAACAAACUGUUGAUAAAAAGACCAUCAUUAGUCAAACAACUGGAAAGCAGAAGAGUCAAACUGUGCUCAGUUUUGGCUGGAAAAACAAAUAACUCUCACAGGAGAUUUAUUGACACUCUGAUAAACCAAAUUAAGAAUCUAAAGGAAACUCCUACAGUGGAUGAGAGUGAUGUCGUUUUGGUUUUCUGUCCUAUUGUUUCUCGAGCUGGAACUGAUAUUGAAGCAGCACUGAAAAUAUUCACAGACUCUACAGCAUCUAAGCUGAAAGUUCUUGUGGUGCUGCAUCACACAUUUGACCCAGAUAAAACUGUACAAGACAGCAGCAGAUGUGUUAAGAGGACAGAUAUACUGACAGUGGACUGUCUGUACUAUGAGGACACAGGAUUACUGAAGUGUCAGAAGAAUCAUGAUGCUAUCGACAAAGUUGUGAAAGGGUUAAGAGAGCAGAUUAGAGAUUAGAGACAAACACCUGUGGAUCCACUCGUCAUUUAAUCUACUAAAAACUGUGAUGGGAAGAGAAAAUUAAAAUGAUAAAAAAAUUAAUGACCUGACGGUGUGUUCAGAUGACCUUCAGCAGCUUGUGACUUUCAAUCCUAUCUGCUUAGGAAAUCUUUUGUUUGUUAAGCAAAACAAUGUACAAUGUAUGAUCUAUAAAUUGUCUUUUUUUCUUGUUUUGAAAUGAACUGAAAUGUGUGUUUAUACUCUAAAAAAUGUAGGUUAUUUUCAACUUUUAUUGACAAUCCAGCAUUGGUUCAAAUAGGGACGAACCCAACCCAUUGGGUUGUAUUUUAACCUAUGCUGGGUUGCUUAAAACCAUUAUUGGUUAAAAUAUAAACAUUUUCUGGGUUAAUUUGACCCAACACUCCCAAAGAAAUGCUGGGUUGUUUUUAACCCAGCAUUGGUCACAAAGGGACAAACCCAACCCAUUGGGUUAUAAUUUAACAUAUGCUGGGUUGUUUCAACCCAAAAUGCUGCAUCAUUGAAACCCACUGUUGGGUUAAAUAUACAAAUUUUCUGGGGUAAUUUAACCCAACGGCUGGGUUUGUCCCUUUGCGACCCAAUGGGUCAUUCUACAGAAAAGGUGGAAUUCAGGUGAUGGAAAUUUGCUUAAAUGAGCUUCUUUCAACAUACCCAAAACUUCUUUAAUAGCAUUAAUUAACUUGUCAAAUCUAUGAAUCCCAAAACAAGGAGCUUAAUCUAUUUUUAACUUUUUAAUACAUUUUAAUAAAGAAUCCAUGAGUAAUUUAUUUGUCAUUUGUGUUACCUGUGAUUUAAACAACAUUAAUGUUGAUACUAAAUAUUAUUUCUUAUUACAGCUUGUGUAUUUAGUUAAAGGUUGAGUAGAGGAAUGAUAACAGCAAGAAAAAUAAUUGAUUAUUAAUAUUUGUUUAGUUUAAUUCUUCAUCUUUACCCAGCAUUGUAUGAAAUUAUUUGAUUCUCAGUUUGACUUUUUUCUUAAAAAAAAAAAUUCAACAAAAACAAAAAUGUACAACCAUAAAGGCUUUGAUGCAAAGACUGAAAUAUCAACAAUGUCUUACAUCCCAUAUCAACAACAAAAUAUUAGAAAGUACAAAAAAAUACAUUCAUAACACCAAAACUUGGUUUAACACCAAUGACACAAUGUAACACCAAUGACACAAUGUAACACCAAUGACAAAAUUAGAAUAUAAUAAUAUAAAGAUAAUGAAUAUGAUAAAACUUAUAAACUUUCAUAAAAUUUUCCAUCUUGUUUUGUUUUAAUGCUUUUAUGUUGGUCAGUUAAAAUACUGUUUAGGAAGUACUCAUUAGAGAAGUAACACUAAUGACAGUAACACCAAUGAUGGUAACAUCAAUGAAAAUUUACAGAAAAAAACGAAUAUUUUAUCAAAAUGGCUGCCAUUAAACAUGUGCCAUUACAUCAGAGAUGUAACAAUCACAUACUUAUUCAGUAUAAUGUAUUUUUAUGUAAAGAUCUUAACACCCAUGAAAAACUUCAAAGAGCUGAUGCAUUGUUUCAAAAUAAAAGUGCUUUGGGUAGGGUAACACCAAUGACAUAAAUUUGGGGGACAAAUAUUUAUUUGAUAUUAUUCAUAUUAAUAGUGUAUUUUUACCAUUUCAGUGUUGUAGUAAAUUCAUACAGGGUUAAAGGUAAAUGUAAAUUUGAUUUGUUUUACAAAAAACAUGGUUUUAAAUAGUAAGUACACAGUUCAACUUCCAUGUAUGAUCAAAGGGACAGGGCAAUUUUCAGGACCAGACAUUUUAAAAAAAGUUUAAAAAAGAAAAAAAUUAAAUAAAUAAACUCUCUCAUCAUUUUAAGGACAGUCUAUAUUUAUUAAAUAUAUAUCAUUAUGGGAUUAUUGGGUCAAAUUAAAUGAUUAAGGGGUCUGCAAAAGCAAGGGACAAGCAUUUCUACCUUUUUUGUAGAAUGACCCCAAUGCUGGGUUGGAAAUAACUUUUAUUUCCAUUACAACACUUUUUUUUUUUCAUUACAUACAUUAUAUUCAUUACCUAUGUUAAGCAUUAAAAGCAUUUGUAUAUAGUGAGAACAAGUUCAUAAAAAUAAUAUUUUAGCUGUACUUAUACUGUCAUCACCUCAUCUUUUUUGAAUUAUGAACUAUAUCACUGCACUUCAUCUGAUUUUGCCUGAUAACUUCAUAAAUUGAAACAUUGCUGAUCAUUACAAAUGAAUGCGGUGUAUAUCUGUAAAAUGUCCCCUUUUGCUUACAUAAACUAUGACAAACUAUUUUAAUUGAUAGUAAUUGAAAUUUUAGAGAAAUUAAAAUACAAUGGACAAUAGAUUUAAAUAUAAUGCAAAAUAAGUUUAUUUAACAGAAGCUCUGUCUGCACGUAAUAAAUACUGUGGGUUUACACCAGAUGCGAGAUCAACAAUUUGCGCAAGUAGAUUACAUACAAAGUCAAUGCAAAGACGCGAUCAGACGCGUCCUCGCAUGAGGCGAUGCGAAUGACGCGAUAUGGGCGGCGCGUUUGCCGUGAAAACACGGGCUAUUCGCCAUAAACGCGUCUCCGCCCAAGUUGAAAAUAUUCAACUCGAGCGUAAAUCCCGCGAGUAAUCUCGGUUUUUUAACGGGACUUUUAAUUGAAUUUACAUUUGUUUCAUGUAUUUACCAGGUGACUAUGAGGAAAUCGUAGUUAUAGUGUCAUGUGUAUUUGGGGUUGUAUUUAAUUAAAAAUUACCUCAUUUUGAAUUCAAAUUAAUUUAAAAAGCAAACAAGCUAGAUUCUCUAUGUUUAAUCUAUAAGGUGCUGUGCUAUGUGUGAAUGUACUGUAGUGCCUGCAAACCUUUCACAUGUUUUUUCUGCUGCAAGUGAAAGUGAAAGUGUUUUCUUGGUGUGACAGCAGGAAAAGCAAACACCGCUCGGCAAAGGUUAUUAUUAAAGAAUUGCAAAUAAAUUUGCGUAUCUCACUGCUUCAUGAGACAUUUUUUUCCAGCUUCAAGUCGUUCUUCAUUCAUUCAUUCAUUAGCUAAGACAGGAGACGUGGUGAAGGACAGGAGAG